AUUCAGAUUCUGAAUUUCUGAUACGCAAACCAUAAAAAUCCGAACAGAAUUUUUUUAAAGGUACAGUAAAGUAGAAUCUAAUUGGGUAUGAUCGCAAAGUUCGCCAAAAGUAAUUAAAACAUUUGAGAUGCGAAUGUAAUUAUAGAGAAGAGGAAGGAGAAGAAGAAAGAAUAAAGAAUCCGCUCGAUGCCAAAUGAAUGAAACGAGAAUUAUCUCCCUUGGUUGUAUCUACGAUGGCUGAUAUCUUCAGGACGCUCGCAGAAGAAGGUAUUCAAAAGAGGAUUCUUUUCGCUGGUCAAGGCGAAAUUCCUGACUAUGCAGACGGUAAAGGAUGGAAGUUGACAUUCCACUAUGUUACCAAAAUGUGCGAUGAAGAUAGCACCAUUCUGGAUGACAGUCGUAAAAUGGGGAAACCCAUGGAGUUACUUUUGGGAAAGAAAUUCAAGUUUGAUGUUUGGGAGAAGUGUAUUAGGUCCAUGAAAAUUAACGAGGUUGCUGAGUUUCUAGUGAACACUGAUAAAGCUGACACUUAUCCUUUAGUGGCAAAGAGCUUAAGAGAUAUUGCUAAACCUGAAAAGAAGGAACAUGGACAUACUAAAAAAGAUGCCAAAGGCCAUUGUUGUGGUAUGAUGUCUAUGACGAAACAGUCUCUUGGGUAUCCUGAUCUGGACAAAUUGAUGGCAAAACCAGAACCUCUUCUUUUCACUUUAGAUAAUGUGAAGGCUCUUUUCCGAAGAGGCAAAGCUCAUAUUGGAUCUUGGAACCCUGAAGCUGCUAAAAGAGAUUUAGAACGGGUCAUAGAACUUGACAGUAGUUUGACCAAGGGAGUUCGUAAAGAACUGAAACAUUUGGAACAGUUGCAGAGAGCCAAAGAUAAUGAAGACCGAGAAAAAUUGAGAGGAAAAAUAUUCUGAUAAUUUAAUAAACUCACUUUAUGACUUUAAAGAAAACAAAAAA